AUGCGCGAGGCCAACCCGCCUCAUGCCCGACGAGCAUCCGAUAUCCACGUCGACAUUGCCCGCAAGGCCAUAUUCGAGCGAAACGGGACCUUCGCAACCCCAGAACAGGUCUGGACGUCCCUACGACACAAGAACAGCAGUCGCAAGAUCCACGACUUCCUCUUCGUGUGCACCCACAACGCGUACCACGUAGGCUCCUACUGGGCCAACAUCCCUAACCUUUCGCAUCUAGGAGUAUGCCAAUCCUGCGAUACCACUGACUCCCUUGACCAUAUCCUUUGCGAAUGUAGCUCUCCCGGACAAAGCCUAGUAUGGCGCCUCGCCCGGGAUCUAUUAUCGUCGAAGAUAGCUGAUGUCCCCCAGGCAACGCUGGGCAACAUCAUAGGAACGCACCUUCUCCGCAUCUGGGCUAAGCCCGGUUUCAGCGACAAAGGCGCCGAGCGCCUAUCUCACAUCGUAUUCGGCGAAUCCGCCCAACUCAUCUGGGCCAUGAGGUGCCGGAGAGUCAUUGAUGAGCUCUACGACUACUCGGACAACGAGAUCGCCGCCACCGGGCGCGUCCGUAUAACACGACGCCUGCUCCUGGAUCAAGCCAUGUCACACCCCAAAUACCGCCCAGUAGCACUGAAGCGUGCUACUGUCCUCGCCACCUGGAGCUCCAUCCUCGUAAACGAGCGCCUCCUACCUAACGACUGGAUCAGAUAUAACGGGUCUUUAGUGAGUAUACGGUUCCCCGAGCUCCGCCAGCCGCGAAGGCGACCGCAGCGUUGA